AUAAACCCUAACCCCAUCUUUAUAAACCCAACAUUUCUUGGCUUUUUCUUUCAAACUCAGACAAAAAAACAAAGAAAACAAAAGAUUAUCGAAUUGCAAAAAAUGGCUCUAGCUCGUUUGGCUUUGAGAAACCUUCAACAAAAAUUGUCUCCUAGUCUAAUGGGUCAAUCUUGUGAAAGGGGUUUGGUCGGAAAUCGACAUAAUCCAAUGAAGCUAAACAGAUUCAUGGCUACUUCGGCUGGUGAACAAGAAGAUAAGAAGAACACAGAAGUGAGUGUGUCUGAGAAGAAAUCUCCUCGACGGAAUUUCCCACGGAGACGUGGCCGGAAAAGUCUCUGGCGUAACACCGACGAUCAUGGCUACUUCGUUCCCACCCUAAAUGAGUUCUUUCCUCCGACUCUAGGAAAUGCUCUGAUGCAAGCAACAGAGAACAUAAACAGAAUUUUCGACAAUUUCAACAUUAGACCAUCACAACUAUUCGGUCAAGUGAAAGAGCAAGACGACUGUUACAAACUCAGAUACGAGGUUCCGGGGCUAACCAAAGAUGACGUGAAGAUCACGGUAGAUGAUGGAAUCUUGACGAUUAAAGGAGAACACAAGGCGGAGGAAGAAAAAGGUUCACCUGAAGAAGACGAGUACUGGUCUUCAAAGAGUUAUGGUUACUACAACACGAGCUUGUCGUUGCCUGAUGAUGCUAAGGUUGAUGAUAUCAAAGCAGAGCUCAAGAAUGGUGUGCUUAAUCUUGUGAUUCCUAGGACGGAGAAGCCAAAGAAGGAUGUUCAGGAGAUUUCUGUUGAGUAAGGACACGGUGUCGCUUUUUGUGUCUUUGAUGGACUAAGCAAAUAAUGUUGUAUCCUUUCAUGUUUUGUAAUGAGAAUGGAAUAAAUUGCUAAUUAACGU